UUGUCAGCUGCGGCUGCUGCAGUAAGGAGUAACUAAAUGGCCUUGAGGGCGAUUUUGAGUUAUUCGAGGUCAAAGGUGAAUGUGAAUGGAAGCUGUGCAGGGUUCGAUACGAAAGGCACCCCAGACAAGACGAAGUCCUCGCGCUUGGCGCGCGCGCCCAGCUCGUGAAGCUAGGCAUAUUACCACAGUAGUGGUUCGGCUAGAACGAGGAGAAGAUCUUCUAAUGCUAGAGGCAGACGAAGCUUUACAGGACCAAGGACCAGAGGAGGACACAAGACAGAAUUCGAGCAAACAUAAGACAUCCCUUGUAGACUGUAUGGCAUUAAUGAGAGGACAGAGAAACUUCUGUGAAGUUGCAACACCUGUCUGCGAAGUGACUGCGACCAUCUCAUGGAAGGACAUCAUAGAAGAAGACAUGAAAAAAGAUGCAGAACAGGAUAGAUAA